CGUACCUCCGCCUUCUCCCUGCCAGUGUUGGCUCAGACGUUAAGGAGGUCUGUUGCGUGCUCUCUGAAAUUAGUCACUUAUAAUCUAUUAUUUCGACGGAAAAUGGAUUUACAGAAGCUGAAGAGCGUUCAGGUCACGUAUGUGGCCCUGAGUUUAUUAUUCCUUGUCAAAAAUGCGUCAGGCAUCAGCUGCUACCAGUGUGACAGCACCAGAGACCUUCACUGCCCAGAGUACUUCCAGGCGGGGUACCACCAGGCGCCCACCGCCCUUACCUCCACCACCUGCGACCAGGUCUUCGAGGCUCGUUACUGCAUCAAGACCACCGGAUUAUUUGAAGGAGAGCUUGGCACCAAGAGGUUCUGCUCAGCUCGGGACUGGGGUAAUUACUGUGAGUGGGUGAGGCGGCCUGGUGACGAGAGAGAAUACCGGGCCUGCGUCUUCACCUGUUCGGGUAACUCUUGCAAUGCUGCCCCAAGCACACUCACGCCAACACCCCUCUCUCUCCUCCUGCUGCCUGCGCUGAUUUUCCUGUUUUUCACAGCCUGGCUCACUGCUUUGUAGAUGCUUGGCUGGCAGUGGGGGUCAGGACCCUUACAUUACUUUCUGUUGAUUGAAAAACAUACAUUGUUCGAGCUUCCAAGCCUACAAGUACAGUACUGUACAUCGUGAAAAUAUAAAUGGCUGUGAGAUGAUUCAUUUUUGCUGGCUGUCCCAUUAAACAGUAACUGGUGAUGAAUUAGUGUAAUAGAUGGGGAUACAUGAGUGGAGUUAGCAGAAAGUACACUAGCAUCAACUGUUACAGCCAAUACUCUGGACUUCCAAGAGCAACCUUUACACCUCUGUAUGGCAUUUCAACACUUCUUCUUCUAGUAUUAUCAUAGAAUAAAUUUCUGAUAAGUUUAAGUUUACCGAGGACCACUUGUAGCCUCAGGAAUUGGGUCACAUAUCUUGAAUUGACCUAUUUUAUAAUUAUUUUUUUCAAUAGUUCAUGAUGUUAGUCAGAUUUUAAAACAAAAUUCAGAAAAUACUGAGAACCUCAGGCAAAGAAUCUUAAAUAUAGUAACAUAUAUGAUUCUUCCUGGCAAUACUAGAGUGUAGUUGUGGCCUCAAUAUUGUUUACAUGUUUGUAAUGUUAUAACAUACUUGUUAUUCCUGUUUACAAUAGAGUACAGGAAAUGCAUUGUUGUUUAAUAACAAAAUAAAGUUACCAUCAUGUGAUAGAGAAAUUCAUUAAAUAAUGUGAGUACAAUGAAUCUUUGUGUAUGUUUGUUUUAUUAUAAGGACAACUGUCUUGCACUUAAGCACAAAAAAAUAAGUGAUAAUCUACCCAUUUAAUUUUCCUCAGAAAGCUGUUAUUAAACAAAAGUAAACAAACUGUAAUUUCCUUAAUGUGUUGCAUUCACAAGUCCAGUUAUUCAGGACAUAUAUUGAAGCCUGAAGCCAACCAAGAACCCUGUGCAGCCGUCAAACGUGGUUAUUUGUACACCUGCCCCAUGAAGGAUGUAACCUUCAAUUUAAGUACUAUACAUAGGUCAAACAAGCUCACAAGAUGUUUAUCCUGUCAUCUUCAAUCAGGUGUUCCUAAACAUCACAUAGGAGAAGGCUAUGAUAUCACCCUAAUAAAAGGAAUGCUGAAUAAUAACCACUUGUAUAAUAAAGCCCAAGAUGUAAGGAGAUUAAAAGUUCUUGAAGUCCUACACAUAAAAAUAGAAUGCACCAUAAACACUUAAAAGAAUAAAUUAUUCAUUCUCCCCACUAUAAGAGUGAGAGCAAGACUGAAACUCAAAGAUGCCAAAGAUGCCCAAAAUGCCAUAAUCAAAACUAUGGUCACCUGAGUUCUUAUAUGUUUAGUUUAUUGGCCCAUCACAUCACAUUCCCUCUACGCAUUUUCUUUUGCCUGUCACCUGACGUAAUUUUGUAUGCACCUGACUUUCCAGGGUUAUAAAUCAGAUGUUUCCUCAUGUCCUGCCAUUCCUCACUUGAGAAUGAACCAUGAAGGUUCAAAAUAUUAUGUAAAUUUCAAUAAGUAUAAUACAUCAUACAGUUAGUCUUCUUUUAGUCAAAACUUAAACAAAUAUGACAUUUGAAGAAAUCCUCAUCCAAUUAAACCAAGAUGUUAGAGGGAAGGAAGGAUAGAAUAGAGGGGACAGAAGUUGGAGGGAUAGAAGGAAAUAAGAGAUAAAUAAACAAGGAAAUAAUAAACACAGAAUAUGCAGUCAUAUUCAACAAAACAUACAUACAUUACAUGUAGGGGAAUUGACAUGGUAGACAAACUCUUUAGCACGGGUGGAACACGAACAAAGGGACACAAGUGGAAACUUAGCACACACAUGAUAAAGAUUCUGUUUAACACGGGUGGCACGCUCACAAGGAGAGACAGGUGGAACUGUGUAGCCAAAUGAGCCACUUGGAAUUUAGAAAAAACUUUUUCAGUGUCAGAGUAGUUAACAGAUGGAAUGCAUUAGGCAGUGAUGUGGUGGAGGCAGACACCAUACACAGUUUCAAAUGUAGAUAUGACAGAACCCAGUAGACUCAGGAA